UAUAGGUUUUUUCAAGGUCUAUUUGCAUGUUUGUUAGUCUUUGGUUGUAGGUGUUUUGUUACAAUUUUGCGUGGUAGAUUAGCAAUAUUUAUAGUGUUUUUGAUUGAAACGUUUAUACGUGAUUUUACGUGAUUGAAUUAUGUGAAGUUUGAAGCUAAGAGCAGCAUGUUCUUUAUAUGAAGAACGUUUUGUGGAAGAUGGUUGCUAACAUCUAAGUUUUAAGGUGUGAUGGCUAUGGAUUUGAUCAAUCAAGUUCAGCAAGUGAAACAAAAGCUAGAAGGAUCACUUUUUAACAUCACAGUGGAUGUGAAUCAAAUUUAUGAAGAGUUAGAGCAACAUAGUGUCAGAGAAGAUAGAGUAGAUUUUGUAGCAUCAUUGUUCCUGAACAAGUUCGGCUUCACUCCUAUCACUUCGUGCACAGACAGUGAGAGUAGUGAUGAUUUGCAUGCAAACAUGAGGAUCGAUGAAGUAACUACAGAAAAGCGAAAUGAAGUACCAUCUGCUGGCAUGUGUGUUGAUGGAACAUUUUUAUCUAAUAGAGCAGACAAUGAGACAAAAUCUGCUUUUGUGAGAGUGAAUUCAAAAGUUCCUGUAAAAUCUCUGCUCGACUUGCAAGCAGAUGUCAAAGUGGAAGUGAAACCGUGUAAGAAUAAAGAUACUAGGGACCACCUAGGCCUGCAGGAGGAUACCAGUGAAACUGUUUUUUCACUGCCCAGCUCUUCCAGAGUGUCUAAUGGCAUUACUGUGCAAUCUUCAUCUGCUGAAUUAGAUUUUGAUUAUGAUGUAAACAACAAUGAUCCAAACAAUAACACAGAGUAUGAAAUCCCUUCUGAUCCUGUGUCUAGUAGCAUUGAAGGACUCCCUCCAGCUAGUCUGCAUGAACACGAUGAUUAUAAUGAUGUUGAGUUUAUUGAUCAAGAACAUAUUCGAGAAAAGUUGCUAGGCGAAGCAAGAGUCAUUCACACUGUUGUUCCACAGCGUACUUUUGGUGAAAUUUUUUCAUUCCUUGAGUCAAAUUUAGACAAUGAAAACAGACUGCAAGUAGUGAUGAAGUAUUUUCUCAAUCAAGACUUCCCGAAUGAAGCAAAUGUGGUUAGUGUAGUGAGUAAAAGUAGUUUAAGGCCAAAAUCUGUGCACUGUACAGAUGAAGUGAUUUAUGUUGAUGAUGAUUGCUGUAAAGUAAAGGACCCUUGCACUCAAGAAACUCCUAAAACCAAAGUGGUCUCAGUUGCAGACAGUGAGUUACAUGAUGAUAGUAGUUUGUUAUGUGAUAGAAAGAUAACAGGUAAGCAUGAAUCUGAAACCGAUGUCAUUUUUGUUGAGAGUGUAAGAAAUGGGAAACGUCACUCUUCGGGAAAAACGGAGGCCUCACCCACGAAAAAAAUCAAAAACUCCUCUCAGAAUUUAUAUAGAGCUGACUCUGAAGCCCUUGAUUUGUCACUAAACAUUUCAAAGUAUUCUUGCAACACUUCUCAUAAGCAUUUUGAUGCUGUAAAAGAAAUGUUUCCUAACUUGGGAUACCAGCAUCUGGCCAAAGUAUGUUCACGUUAUGGAGAGACUGAUGAUGAUUUGUUAAGGAUUGUUGAUGAUCUUCUGGAAACUGUAAGCAGUUUGGGAAAAAUGUGUGAACCUGCAGUUGAACCGUUGCCUACAUUACAAGAAAGUGGUUUGAUGGAAAAAAAUUAUUUGUUUCCCUUUAUUUCUACAGAAAUUAAAGAUGAGGCAGUGGAUGAAGUGCCAGAAUAUCAGGAAGCUGAGCAAGCAUGUAAUGUAGAGCAAAAACGUAAUUUGGUUACUGUUUUCCAGCAGGCCAGCAGUAGUCAUGGUGGGCCCAGUAGCCAAGAAACUUCAGUGUCAAGCAGGAAGAACAGCAGUAGCUCUACUUUUGUUGAUGGCAUUGCUCCCCCAUUAAGCAUACGACCUGUGUCCGUUGAUGGCAGUUCUAGUUCUCACAGUACGAGCUAUGAACAUGUAGCUCAGAACUCAAACAUCCAUGUAGUUGGUGGUAAUGAUACAGAACAUAACAGAGUUGAUACAGGUGACAUCAAUAAAACAUCAAGCAGUGGGAUGAAAGCUGGUAAAGCAGCUGGUCGAGAGAAUUCAAAAUCUGAGGAAGUGGCAGCCAUUGUUGCAGCAUCUUGUGCGAGGUUUGCAGCUCCGACAAUUGCUGUUGAAAAUGUUACGAGCACCAAGGUUGAUGACCUUGCAUCACUAACUUUUCCUUUAAAAAAUAAACUAGCAGGUAUUCAAUUAGUACCAUUGGACAAACUUCUAGAUCAGAGUAAAACUUCAGCUGAAAAGCUUUUAUCAAACACAUCUUCAGGUAAUGGUAAUCAAAAGCAGAAUAAAUCUUUAACUGCAAUUGCAGUACAGAAAACAGCUUCACAUCAUUCUCAUGAACACAAUCACUCUGUUAAUAGAAAAAGAAGUUGUUCGAGACAUGGAAAGACAUCUUUGGGCACUAAUAAACCCGUAAAAAAGUCUAGGAAAGGUGCAAGGACGUGUGAUGGUGAUACAGUUGCACCAAUGCCAAUGACACUUUGUAAUAAUCAUAAUGAUCCUAAUCAACCAGGUACUUCUGGUACCCAGAAAAAUACUCCGGUUGCUGAUGCUGAUCGGAUCACAUCUACCAACACUGCAAAUGAAGAUAAACAGUUAGCAGCUGAUGAUGUCACUCAAGAUCAGCAGAAACUAGACGAUGAUCGCUAUGAAUGCUUGUUGAAUAUAUUUCCCCAAGCAGAUCCUACGUAUCUUCUGGAUAAGUGUAUAGAAAUUGGAAAUGAUGAUGAAAAAAUGAGAAUUUUCAUUGCAGAUACUUUGGAGAAGAAAGAUUAUCCAACAUACCAAGAUUACCAGAAACGUAUGGAAGUAGAAAAGCAGAAGAAGAAAGUUACCACUGAAUUCAGUGUAGAGAGUUUUCUUGAAAUAUUUCCAGAUCCGUUAAAAUACUUUUUAGAGCAAAAGAAGGCUGUUCACAAGGAUGCUGCCAUAGUAUUUUUAAAAAACAGGUACCCAAGAACUCGCCAACAUGACAUAUUGACAGAAUUUAAAAAUUACCAAUUCAAUCUUACCAAAACAUGUGAAAUUCUUGAUGGACAUAACCAUAGUAAAUUGAAAAUCAGGCGACCUCUAAUAGUUGACACUGUAAAUAAGCAGGAUCUGCAGUUUUUACAAGAGGUGGCAUUUAUUGAGAAUAGGCAACUAAUUGAAGACUAUAUUAAAAACAAAGAGUCUGCUAAGAAAGCAGCAUUUGAAGAAGCCAAAUUGAGGAAUGAACUCCUUGAAUGUGCAUGUUGCGGCAAUGAUGAAGUUCUCCUCCAGGACAUUGGUACUUGUAAUGAAGGCCAUCUCUUCUGCAGGGAAUGUAUCCAGAGGGGUGUUGAAGUGGCAAUUGGUGAUUGCAAAACUACUUUUACCUGUUUCACAGAGUGUGAUUCAGAAUUCAGCCUGAAGACUUUGCAGAAAUUCUUGAAGGCUUCAUUGCUCUCCAAAGUGCUGCAGCAAAGGCAGCUGGAAGAAGUGAAGGCUGCAAGCAUAGACGGCAUUGAAUUCUGUCGGUUCUGCAACUUCGCGACAAUUCUGCCAGAGGAAGAUAAGGUGUUUCAUUGUCUGAACCCUGAAUGUAUGCAGGAGUUCUGCAGGUUGUGUAAAGAGCCAAAUCAUAUUCCUAAGCGUUGUGAUGAAAUUGAAAAAUCUGAUCAAGUGAAGUUAAGAACCCAGAUAGAGAACAAAAUGACUGAAGCUCUCAUCAGGGAGUGCUGGAAUUGUAAGAAGCCUUUCAUAAAAGAAGAUGGUUGCAACAAAAUGACAUGUGUAUGUGGAGCCAUGAUGUGUUACGUUUGCCGUCAGAAAGUGACUGACUAUAAACAUUUCAAUGGUCAGGGCGGCACAGAAUAUACUAGGUGCCCAUUGUACAGCACGAAUGAUGAGCUACAUGUGGAAGUGGUCCGGCAAGAAGCAAUGAAGGCUAAGCAAGAAGUGCUGCAGCAAAAUCCAACAGUUCAGUUGAAGCACGACCCAACCGAGGUGCUGCCGGAAGCCACCCAAGCACACGGGAUCCAAGCACAGCACAUAGAAGCCAACAGGCGCCUGGAACACGUCAUGGUUAGGCUGCAGGACAUGCAUCAUCGUAUGUUGCUGCAAUAUCGCCAACAGCGAGUGCUUAUCAACCAGAUGAUACCUGGCCAACCUAUACCAGAUGUCCCGGACAUACCUGUUGACCAGCGUAUACCAGCUCCCCAGGACAUACCUGCUGGUCUGCGUGUGCCAGGACGUCGGCGACUACUGGUCGCCCUGCGCAGAGGAAUGGGCAUACAGCAUGCACGCAACGUGUUGCAACAAGCUCCGGAGGAACACGCAUUUCGCGUGAUCGCUCCUGCACCUCUGCCAAGGAUCGUUGAGCAUCCCGACGCCAACAACCCACGCGGGGCGGUGGUGCAGCGGCCGGCUCCCCAAGGGGACCAGCGUCCAAACCAAGUGUUUCUGAAUGAAAUGUUCCAAGCCUUCGUCCCACCGCCGCAGGGCGUGCUUGAGCAGGCAGAAGGUGAUCGACCCCUCUGAUUUCGACAGCUCUCGAGUUUCCACGUGGCUGGCGGGUCACUCUGGCACUGUUCGUCUGCUGUCUCGUGAUGAGUGGUGCCGAUCACAAACAGGCUCGUGUGGAGUGAACAGGAUUUUUGAAUCCAGCAGAAGUGAAUGGUUGUUCCAGACUGGAUUGUUCAUUCAAGUAAAGAAACACACUUUUGGUCUAUGAUUUAUGUAUAAAUGUACAUUGUAACAUUAAAUUGUAAACUGACUGAAGUAAGGUAUACAUUCUAUGAAUCAUAAAGAUUUGAACUUAAGUUUCUUUUACAUUGCAUCAUAAUGUAGUGGGUGCCAGGUCCUUACUUGAUAGGAAAGGGUUAUAUUCUUGAAGCACUGUCGUUUUAUUAUUUACUUAUGGUUGGUUUAUUUUAAAGCAUUCUGUAGUUACAUAAAGGACAAGUGAUCAUGUUUUCAUUUUACAAAUAUAAUGUGAAAAAGGAAAAAACUAAACUCCAAAAUCUAAGAUUGUCUAUAGUGAUUAUCUUGUUUCAUAAUGAGGUGUUUGUAAUUUAAAAUUCUGAGUUUAAAGGAAAUGAUUUAAAAGUACGAAAACAAAGAAAAGCUACCAUUAUGUUCCUUGAUAGUAUAAUGCCUCUGAAAAUAAUUUUUCCAUUGCAGCGUGUGUAAAGUAGCAGGUGUAUAUCAACACCAUUAAUUAAAUAUUCACUUAUUUCUUGGGCGGCAGAUGACAUUCUUACCAAUGAUGUACCAGUGUUAGUCAGUACUGUGAUCCAAUGUUCUUACCUUCAAAUUGGAGGCAAUCAAGUGGCACUUGUUGCUUUGUUUGAGUUUGUUGGUAUUCAGUACAUACUUGUAACAGUUCCAUGGUUGUUGUUUAACUGUGUGAUGAUCUCAAUCAUUUGAUAAUUCUUAAUUUGAUAAGUUUAAUUGGGCAUAUCUCACUAAAGAUUUUUAGCAAUGAAAUAUGCAAUGCAUAGCUCUUAUGAUCAAGUAUUUUGUUUAGUUUCAAAGUUUUGCUUUGUGUAAUACACCUGAAAUACAAACAGCAUUACCAACUCUUCAAAAUUACUUGUGCUUUGUGUGUGUGCAUAGUAUGUGUGCAUGUGUUUGUGCAUGUAUAUGUGUGUAUGCAUGUAUGUGUAUAUCUAUAGGUAUACAUAAUACACACACAAGCUGAUGUAUUUGUGCUUCACUACGGAAGUGUACGGGUAGAACCCUUACACGCCGCUCAUUCGACAUGCCUUUUCUCAUGUGUGCCAGUGCCGUACCUUAAGUGAAAAAAAAAACUAAAUGUAAGUUUUUAAAAACUAACUUAUAAAAUAAAAAAAAAAAUAGUUGAAACUAAGAUAAAUAGGAGGAAAUAUAAACCAAAGAUACCAAUUUGCAUUCAACAGUUUUUUUUAGGCUUUAAGAAUAAUUAGCGUUCAUUAUUGAAAUGUGAUUUAUUUUAUUUCAAACUUGAAUUGUAACUGCAAUGUCAUCGACCACACAUAACUGAUUAAUUAAAGGAAUAAAAUGUAACAUGAAAAUUGCAACACUUUUAAUUCUUCAAUUGUAAAAAACAUGGCAGCAAAAAUCUUCAAUUAUUUCAAAAUGUCUGACUACUUUAUUUGGUUAACUGUUACACAUGUUAUGUGCAGGGAUAAUGAGGAGUGAAACUUGCUAAAAAAAAGUUUUCUUUGUGUGUGUUUGUUUGGGGAGGGAUGAUUGUGAGUGGGAUGUAUGGGGUGUGUUGGGGGGGAGGGGUGUGUGAGAGUGGGUGCGUAAAUGUAAGUGGGUGUGUGGGUGGGUGUACAUGUGCAUGCAUGUUUAUUUAUACAUACACUUUCUCUUCCUCUCUUUCUCUCUUUAUUUAUGCUGCCUUGAGACAUCACAGUCAUUACAUUCAUAAAAUCCAUUUGCAGUGUAGCUUGAUUCUCUUUUAAUGGGUAGCUUUUUCUUGCCUAUGUAUAUAAAUUCAAUAUUUUAUGUAAUAGUUAAAAUUUCAUGCCUUUGCUGGGCAGACUCUUGUUGUGCAGUGAACUGACCACCUAAAUUCUGUAGUGUUUACAAUAUCAUCAAGACAGGCACUGUCCAUGCCUGGGGCAAUUUCUGCAUCAGACCAUCCUUUAGUGAAACAGCUCCUUUAAUACUUAUAAUUUUCAUCACCUUCGAUUAAGUUUAUGUAUAUGCAUAGUGACAUGCCACUUCAUAAUAACUUCUAUUUUACAAACAGGUACAUGAAAGUGUUUCUCAAGGUCCAUAUAUAUUUACAUAAUUGUUUGAUUUGAUAGUAUUAGUGCAGUCUUGCAGUCAUAAUGAACCACGAAUAUAUAUUCCUGGGAUUUAAAUUUGAAGGUCAACAUUGGAUUCUGAUCAAUAUUAAAUUAUAAUAGCAUGUUAGCUGAGAGGAACCUCACAAUAAUAACUUGACAGUAGCGAAAUAAUUGUUCUCUUAAUGCCCCUGCCUACUCAUAGACUUAGCAAUACAUGUAUUUCUGUUAUGGUGCCAUUCAGCCAACUAUGUUUGAGGUCUUAAGUCUUCAAAAUAUAUAUUUGUUAUAAAAUAAGAUUUAAAAUAUUGUGAAUUUUUUAUUUGCAUUUCUUAAUAGAUUUUUAAAAAUGUACAAUGAAAAUAUUGUAUUAUUUUAACAUGUAAAACCCUCUCAUAACAUAUGGCUAGAUGUCCAGGUAAGCGGAAUUCCUAGUGACUUAUUGGCCAUUAAGUGCAAUGUCAUAUUGUCUUCACACUUCUUUAAUGCCAAUGCAAAUGUUUCAAAAUUCACCAUGUUGGUUAUACAGAGAUACAGUAUUGUCCAAAUUAUCUGUGGUAAUAACUUUCGGGAUCCUACAUACAGUUUAAUUUUUGUAUUUUAAACAUGAUUGAUGAAUUUGAAGUAAAUCAUGAAAACCCUUUUGGAAGUGGAAAUGGCAAACCAGGAAAUUAUGGGUUGUGUUCUUUUUUUGUAUAUAAAAAAAAAAGGAUCAAUAACUUUAUAUAGCUGGAUUCAAUUUUAAUUUUCUCUAGUUUAAUUUAGUUUAAUAAUUUUUUCUCAGAUCAGAAAUAAUUUUUAUUCCUUCAAAAUUUUAACCAUUACAACACAAACAGAUGUGUGUACUGAAUAUCUAGACUUUAGUAAAGAUAUUGGUAUAAUUGGUAUAAAAAUUUUCUAAACAUUUUACUAAUGAUAAGUAAUCACAAUUUCCACUGUUAAUUAUAUAUUAUUUUUAAUGAAAUGUGUCUGUUAGCAGAGUUGUGUCUUUUUUCAGACUAGCUGUCUCUUGAAGUUUAGAAACAUUUUUUUUUUUAAUUUAUGUAUUUAUUUUUUUAAUUGUCUGUAGUUUUUACUAGAUGACUUCAAAAUAUACAAGUUCUGUUUUUUAAAGUUAAUUUGUUUGUUAAAGUUGUAACAUUUUAUGUAAUAAGAGAGAUUAGGUCUACUUAAAAAAAUCUCUUUUUGGUGUUCUUUAUACAACAAUUAUUGGAAUUUGAAAAAUAAUAUUUUUACUUAUUUUUUCAAUCAAACAUAAUGGCUGAUGUUAAUUUCAUAUUAUUGGACUUUAAUUAAAGAGUAGCUUUGAAUUUUGAGAUAUUUUUGUUAGUAUUUUAUCAACUUAUGUUUUGAGGUUUUAAGUCUUCAAAAUAUAUAUUUGUUAUAAAAUAAAAUUUCAAAUAAAGUGAAUUUUUUUUCAUUUCUUAAUAUAUUUAAAAAAAUGCAAAUUCAUGAAAUCUGUAAAAUUUAGGACAGUUAAAAAAUAGUAACAAUAUUCUUGUGGUAUUUUCACCCUCUUUGCCAGUAAUUGGCCAGAUUUGGCAUGGUAUAACCAAGGUACUAUUAUUUGUAUACAAUUCAUUUUUUUA